CGCUGAACUAGUCACUCAUUCUUCGGCAUUGUGCACUGGUUUGUGUCCCUGAUAGUGGGUGGGAAAAUUGGAUCUCAAAAAUGCAAUUGCGUAGCCCCCCGUACCCGUCAAGCGGAAAAACGCGACGCCAGCACUCAGCAGCUCUCAGCAGGCGUGCAUGUUGCGCAGAUAUUGGUGUUCGUAAAAACUGCAUCGCACAAAGCCCAGCAAAGCCAGCAGCAGCAGAAGCGACGAAAACGAAGACGACGACGGACUGAUUAAACAUCGGAGCGCAGCAAGAAGAAAAAGAUGCCCGUCACGGGGACCACGGCGACGUCGAGAGGGAACUCGGGCGGCGUUGUUCUACGGGCCCGUCGAUUCCCCACCAUGACGGCGAGCAGUGGAAUCAAACUUCCGGGCUAUGAGCAGUAUGAGAAGCUCCGGAAGGCACUCCAGUCCGGAGGGCGAUCGCAGAUUGAAAAGAUACUGGAAUCACUGGUCAAAGCCUGCCAGACCAAGCGGGAUUAUGUGGGCGAGAAGCAGAAGCUAGAUGACGAUCAGAUGAGCUUUUGGUUCAACGAUGUGCUUCGGCUACUGUUCGAUUGGGAGAAUCCCCUGACGAGGGAGCUGGCCCUGAUGGCGUCGGAAGCAAUUUUGCCUCAUUUGGAACAGACACUGUAUUUGGACUCGCCGGCGUGGCCAGCUCUGAAGACAAAAAUAAGCAAUGUGUACUCCAAUUUGUUGGAGCAAGCACGGGGUCGGAACGACCCAGAAUGGCACCGGAAGUGGUCGGUGCUGGUGCGAAUACUUGACAAGGAAAUCUGCCAGGGUGCAGUGAUUAUCAAUGUGUUUCUGGCCAUCGUCGAAAGCGGAUUCCGAUCGGCGGAACUGCUGGUCCGAGAGCAAUCCUUCGACUGUUGGCAACUGCUGGUGGAGAUUUUUGCCAAGUACAACCAGAUUCACAUCCCGAAGCGGAUAAAGUUGAUCUGCAUUCCGCUGAAGAGCUCCAAAUCGAAGACUGAAGUGAUCGCCAAGAAGAAGUUCGAAAUCUGGUGGUUCCUGAUCAACAAGUUGCAGCCCCAGCUAGACACAUUCGCGGACAAUGUGUUCGAGCCGUUCAUCUACUUCUGCUUCGGGCCGUCUUUUAAGACGCCACUGUGUUACUACUUUGACAACAGCUACCAGGAGUUUGGUGCUCCGGGGAAGAUAUACAAUUCCAUAAAGCAAUUAUCAGCGGCAGCUUUGAUCCACAUGUUGGGUCCGGCCGGGAGAGUUACCGAAAGCCUGAUCCAGGAAGCCAGCGGUACUGUGAAUGGCGGUAGAAACGGAGCAAUACAUUUCAACGUGGCGGCGAGCGCCGAUAAAGCCAUUAUUUCAUCGAAGCUGUUCUCGUUGAAGGCAAAGCUCAUCAUCAAUUCGUGUACCGAGUGUACGGUUCUGUUCUCGCAGAUGAAGGACAAGGACUAUAUGGAGCUGAAUCGAUGCCUGUGGAAGAAUCUGCUGGUGAGAGUCGAGCAGGAACAGGUCAUUUCGCGGAUGGAAAUGUUCGGUUGGAUUAAAGAGAAUUUGAUGGCGUUGAUCAGUUUGAGUACCGAACUCAAGGACGAAACCAUAAAAGAGCUGAUCUACGACAUCGUCCAGAUGGUGGCUCAGACGAAUCUUCUUUCGGUGACCAUCGGCCAGGACAGCCCCGAGCAGUUGACCAUCAACUAUCGCAACUUCAUGUCUCUGAUGUUCAACCCGGCGUUGGACUACCCUGCAGGGACCUCAUUUACGAUCUUGUCGCACGCAUUCGAUCUCCGACGGUACUCCUCCCCGCGCGGUGGCUAUUGGGAUAUGCUCCAGAAAACGGUUCAGUACCUGACCACACUGGAACCGUCGUUGUUGCAAAACGGGGAUCCGAAAUCUGCGGCCAACCGUCGGAUGGUAACGCAAAUCUACCGCUCGAUGGCACUGCACCUGACGGAGCAGAUCGACUCCCGGCGGGACCAGUUCGAGCACUCUCAGUCGAUCGUGUUCGGGUUCCUGCUGUUUCCGUUGGAGUACGAUAGAUUUUUAGAGGUGGGCGAUGUGCGGGACGUGUGGGAGGAUGUUUUCAACGGGAUGGUCACCGGCCAGAAGUCCACAAAGUAUGCAUGCGGGUUAAGUGAAGUGAUAAAAGCGAUGACCGUUGCCAAGUAUAACUGCAACCUGGGAGUGAUCUUGAGAUUUUUCCGAGUGGUGCUGGAAUCGGUGCCGGGGGAUUUUGACCUAGCACACCCACCGGUGAAGACGUUGGAACUGUUCAAAGAUCUGGUUCGAAAGGCGCUGGUGUUUCAGAACAGUUUGGCAGAGGUGGACACCGGAGUGGUAUCGUUCCGAAAAAUGAUCGAGAGGAUGACCAACAAGGCGCUGUUCUCGGUGAUCAUGCCUAUCCGGAACAUCAUAAACGAACUGAUCGAUGGAGACAGCGAGACAUUGAAGGAGGAAGUGAUCCGUACCAUGAAGACGCUCAUCGAUCGGUUCGUAAUGGGAAGAUUUAUUGCUGAGCUGAAGUCCCAACCGAAGGAGGUCAAGUGGAACUGUAAGAUGUUGAUCGAUCAGCUGAUGAAGCAACAGUGGAAGGUUGGGGAGCUGAAGAAGCUGGUGGAUAUUUGUGAGGGCAAAGACCCGAACAAGUCGCCCAAGCCGGUCAAGAAAGAAGGAGAGUUUGUCGUUAUCGAAAAAGUGUGGAAGUUUACGCCGGAUAAGCUGACGGAGCACCAGCGAGAACGGUUGAGUAAGAAACGGGACGACAUUCCGGCUCUCUACAACGAUUUGAGCCAGUCACAGGAUAACUAUGUGAUAAAGCCUUGGACACCGAAUAAAAUAGUAAUACCUUCCGAUCAAGGCCAGGAUCACGACACGAUUGUCAUGUGUGCAAGCGCAGAUUCGGGUUCAAUCCCGAAUGGGGAAGUUCCGGAAGCAUCGGUUCCAAAAGAACAAGGAGCUGGAGUCGCCACCGAAAACAAGCUUGACAAAGAGAACAACAACGGUAAUACGGUUCCGGAUUCGACCGAAAAGGAUGAUUCCGCCAGUUCUUCAUCGGUUGCAGUCAAGAAAACUACGGAGAAACGGUCACGAGUAAUCCGGGAGUUGGACCAAUUGAAGAUAGACACCGUUGAAGGAAAGAAUCUUCAGGUGGGUAGACUUCCUCGCACGAGACGAGCCGGAAGUCUUGAACCAGCAGCCGCACCUAACAACCGAAGGAAAAGCUUGGAACCGAAGAAGUUGGCCGAGAAAAAUAAGAGAAGCGAUUCGGAGAAUAGACGGACUCGUCGUAACGCCACCAAUAAAUCCACCCAGAAAAAGGAGACGAAGGACGAAUCGCUUCUCUCUCCGACGCGGAAAAAAACGGAAGAUAAAUCUAAGUCUCCUGCCGAUCGGUCUUCCCCGAGGAAAGCCCUGAACUUCGACAACGUCAUUGACAAACAGCCGGCAACGGCUACGGAAGCGCCUGUCUCUCCCGUAAAACCAAAAGCCGUAAACGAUUCAGUCGACGAAAUCGUAGAAUCGUCGCAGGCAGGUUCCCAGUCGCUUCUGUCCCGGAAGUUCACACCCCGCAAGCCACCGAAAGAGGAGGAAAAACCGGAAUCUCCUAAGUUGGGCACAGAGACGCUCCCGUUCGACACCGAAGCGGAAAAGGAAUUGGUCAAGCUUUCCGGUCGGAAAUCGCCGAUGAAGACCAAAACCAAUGAAAGCCCUCUGAAGUCCCCUGGCAAGAAUACCAGGACAACGGCGGCGGCAGCUGUUUCCACAGAUGUUGAAACGGAGCCAAACACGGAGAGUUUCUUGAAGUCCCCUGGCAAAAGUACCAGAGCUGCAGUAGCUGCUCAGCAUCAGGUUGCUCCCGAAGUGGAAACGGAACCAAAUACCGAAAGUCCCUUGAAAUCACCUGUCAAGAUUACCAGAGCUGCGGUAGCCGCCCAGGCAACACCCGAAGUAGACACCCAGUCAAGCACUAAACUUUCCUCUGCCAAUUCAAUUCCGGAAUCAACGGCUUCGUCGGAACCAUCAGCAGUGACUCAAAUUGAACUAAGAUCCAGGGUAGCCUCACCCGUAAAACUUCCUGCCACUUCUCCAGCCAAGGCCGCACAAUCUCCGGCCAAACGUGUUGCAUCACCGGCGAAACGAACUGCCUCGCCGGCCAAAUCUCCGGCUAAAUCUCCGGCGAAAAGCCCGAAGAAGGGUAAACGAUCGACUAGUCCAAUUCCGGAACCAAUGGAAACGGACUCUCCCAAAAAAGCCGACACUCCAGCAGAAGAUUCCAACAAAUCUCCAAGCCUUUCGCCGGUUCGCAAUCUGGAUGAGGACAUGGAGCCACUGACUAGGAGUCUCAAUCGUAGCUUGGUUUCUUCCCCAGAUGGAGCCGAUCAAGAAGCAAGGGAAGCUGAUUUGCUCAACAGCACGCUGAAUAUUUCCCCAAUUUCCGAAGAAAAAGCUCAUCCCUCAACUCCCUCCCUCCCAGUUGCCGCAAGGAUUUCUCCUGCUUCCGGCAGUGGCGAGAAGCGUGCCUCCAGCCGCAUAAUGGAACGGGAAAAGGGACCUACAAUUUCUUCACCUAUCACCCGCCGAACUCGGAACUCUCCACCCAUUAUCCCGGCGGCCAUUGCUCACCUAAGGAAUCGCAGCACACCACAAUCGACUCCCAGAAGCCCCAAGACCGGCAUGAUAGAGCUUCGUGGACGUGGCGCACAGCUCAUCAACCUGAUCCGUAGUCAACAGAACGAAAUGUCCCCCAAACCUUCGGCGAUGGCAUCUCCGCAGCACUCGUCUACUCCCAAACCGGUUUCAACCACACCCAGUGAUCGAAGUCUGAUGCUCCGGAAACUUGCCACUGCUGCUGCAGUCCCCACGCCUCCCGCAGUGCAAUCGCCGGAACUCCCAAAACCUCCACCGCCCGUAGAGAAGGAAAAGGAGAAAGAGAAGGAUACCGACUAUCUGGUCUUCUCCAAAGUUCUUCCAUCCCCGCAGGCCUCUCCGGCGGCCAGUAUCCUCAAACGGAAACACAACCAGGAUGACAGCGGUGACGAUCUGGAGUCUCCUGCCAACAAGCGAAAACGGGUCAGCUUUCACGAUCCGCCGGUUUCCCUCACGAAGCAGUACAUCCGACAGGAGGAAGAAUGCCGCUCGCCUUCCAUCAGUCGCUGUAUCCUGAUGGCCGGAAUGUCCCCAACUGACAAAGCCAAGUUCCUACUCCGAAGGAAGAGCAAAGCGGAUAGUAUGUCCGAACUGGCCAAGUUCACACGGGGCUCCGGUGAAGGUUCCGCCGAGCCAGGAAAAGAGGAUGACGAUGAAAUUUCAUCCUCUCCCGAAUCGCUGGACGGCGAGUUCCUGUUGAACACCACCGACGAUAUGAGUGCUCUGCAGGUAACAACCGGCGCCGGGGACGUCGAAAUGAAAUCAGACCCUAAACCGAACACUCCAGCAGAGGUGGUAGCACCACCUGAACUCCCCGCACCCACUCCCGACGAACCAGUUGAACUCCCCAAACGGACCUCUCCUCGGAAGAUCUCUCCAAAACCUGCUUCGGAAGAGCCGCCGCCAACUGUCGCUUUCGCACCUGUUCCCCCAACCUCGCCCGUCCCAGAGAAACCGGACACCAGCAUCCGCUUCCAAACGGAGGAGGAAGUCCUCGCCCAUGUGAUCUCAAAGUACUCGCUGGAUUCCAUGCUGGAACGAUUCCUAACCGCCGGAAAAAUACUCGAACAGCAAAAGUCUGCCCGAUUGCUAACCCGCGAACUGUCCACCCUGAUGUCCAAGAACGCCAAACUGCGUCACACCGUCCUAGACGAGCUGUCCGAGCGCCACUCGGCGGAGUUCCUCGAGCAUGCCGUCCAGGAGAACUCCUCGGCCGUGGUCUGCCAGCGGCUAUCGAUGACCACUAUGACGGAGUAUAUCUUCGAACGGUUACGCCGGAUGCCCCCGGAAGGUGGCAGCCCCGAGGACCAAGACGAACGACUUAAAAUCCUGCAGACCAUGUUCGACAACCUGGCCCAGAUGCACACGAGCGUCGGUGGGGACGAGUUCCGGCGGAUGAAGGACCGAUUCGUGAAGGCCGCCGUCUUCGCCAAGAGCCGCGACGAAGUGAUGGCCCUGCUAGAGGAGUACUUCCGGCAGUGCAGUGUGGGAUCGACGUCGGCGACGGCCACUACGUGACGCGCUAGGUAGGAUUUUAUUUCUUUAUUACGGUAAGAGAGUUUUUAGCGAGUAGUGGCGUAACAUUUUAAGGUGUAUUUUUACAAUAAAGAAAUAGAUUGAUCCUUCUGUUCAAGAGUGUAACAUUCUUAACGUCUUAGAAAUGUACUAUUUUCAUCACUUUUUAUAAAUGAUCCAGAUAUAUAUUUAGAUGAAAUAUAGAAGUAUAAUUGUGGACACGUAGUUCAAUCGAAUCCAAUUAGACCAAUGUUUUAUCAAACAAGCGAAAAAACUUAUCAAAGAAAAGCAACCUGACUUGCCUUUUGGAAACAAAAAUAUAAAUCUUAAGCUAUUCUCAAUAAAUUGGAACAUGAGGUACAAAAAAAAAGCUGAUGGAGAGGAACACAAAAACUUACGAUAAGUUGUCCACACUAGGUGUAUAAGUGCAUAAGUGCUAGCGUUUAAGUGAUGAACAUCAAUAAUAAGCUUUCUUUUACGAGCAAAA